GUUCAGAGAUCGCCAGCAUCCCGAUGUAACAAAAUUUUUCGUUUUAGUUUUUUUCGAUUUUUUCAAGCGAUGUUAGUGUUGUACAUAAUUUAUUGUGCUUGUUAUGUAUCCCCUUGGGUGUUAGCUACCGUUAUUAAGAAUAAAACCUCAACCACCAAGCAAUCGUUAGAAGACUACUACUACUUGAACUACGAUUAUGACGCAAACAACAGCUCCAAGGAGUACAAGUCUGACGCUUUAAUAGUACCCAAUCCUGACACCAUGAACACCAAAUCCUACGCUGUGGACGUCAUGCCGAGUCUGGAAUUGCCAGACGAUUCUCUGGCCGAUCCAGACCUCAAGGACCACAAUUGUAUCGAUAAUAUAAUGUACGUGUAUUAUGGAGGAAAUGGAAAGAAUUCCAAGAGUUAUGGGACUGGGAUUAUUAUUAUUGGAUCUGUGUUGAGUUGCGCUGCACAAUUACUAACUUUGUUUUGUGUACUACUGAAGAAGUACUACAAAGGGAGGAAGAUCAGUAUGAUGUUGAUUGUCGUUCAUAUUUUCUUCACCAUGUUUUUGUCGAACCUGAUUUUUAUGCUGGGAGUUUAUUCUACCAAGAACGUCGAAAACUGUCUUCUUAUAGCCAUUUUAAUAAACAUAUUCCAUCACCAUACAACAAUAUGGAUAUUUUUGUACUGUUUAUACAUAUAUAAGAAAUUCUGUCGCACUUGGAUAUCCGUCAUUUUCAAGAACAUCAACUGGUACACUCUGGCCACUCAUUUACUUCCUCCAAUUUUGACUUUGACGACAUAUUACGCCGUUCCCAAGAGCUUUGAAACGAAAAAAUUCUGCUUCAAAUCCAUGCACAGAGGUAUGAUCCUAAACUUCAUGAUCCCAAUAUGCGUUUUGCUGAUAUUGACUACGAUCUACGCGAUCAGUGCCAUGAUCAAGAUCGAGAACUUGGAGGUGUCCAAAUUGGGCUACCACUACCACAGCGAGUCUCUACAGGCCCUGAACAAGGAACUGGAAAGCUUGAAAGAGAAGAAAGAUGAUGGUGACGGCGGAUAUAUUGAUGAGGAGUUGAUGAGCUUAAAGGCGGCGAGAAAUUGCCUGAAAUCUCUUUGUGUGAUGCAGCUGAUGUUUGUGUUGAACUGGUUUGUAACGCCUUUAGCUCUGGAUGCCAGUCACGAGAGUACGGAACUUCCGUACCUGCAGAGUACCACUUCUAUGCUUUUGAACUGGUUCAUGUUCUUCAAAAGAAAAACUCUUCUGCCUCAAAUCGACUACGCGGUCGAGGAAGACUCGGAAAAAGAGAAAUCCGAGGAGGAACUCCUGUCUUCCGCCACGGAAGUGAUCAGUUUGUCGUCUUCAGAUAAUAUUCCGCUGUUGAACGCCGACAGCGCCACAGAGUUGAAAGAAUUCUGUAAUAUUUCCGAUGCCAAAGACGGUGCUAACGACUAUAAUAUUUCUACUAUAAGUACUUAAGUUUAAAGAGGAAGAUGAGAUUCUGAGAGUAAAGGAUAGUUUACAUAUUUUUUAAAGAUGCGUUGUGGUUAUAUGGAAAUUUUAUCUGAUAUUCUAAAAAAUAUAUACCAAUAUACGAGAAACUAAUAUACAUCGGUUGAUUAUAAAUCAUUUUGACAUAUUAUUGGACAUAAAAACAAAAUGGUACUGUGAUUUGUGUUCUCUCCACUGUCUUCCAAAAUCUGUAUUAAAUAAAUAAGGCUAAAGAGGUAAAAAAUUAAAUAAAUAAGACUAAAGACACUGGAUCUAAUUUGGUUAGAUCACGAAGGGGUUACAAUAUGCCUGAAUUGACUUCCGGUUAAUCCAAUGACUAAAGAAUACAAGGACAUGUAACGCCCAUAUCCGGGCUGCAGCAGAAUCUGUGAUGAUAGACGCCAUUUUUUGGGUUGUAGCGAAUGAGCCAUCAGCGAUAAUUUUAGCAAUUUUUAAUAGUUUGUGUGUAGUGAACUUUGUAUAAACUUUAUUACAAUGGUGAUUAGUUGUUCAGUUUUCAACUGUAAAAGCCGCAGCGAU